AUGGCUACUGCCCAAAUGUCUCCUGAUCUACCUAAACCCUCGUUCGCCAAGGUCGCUGCAUCCGUUUCUAAGGACUCCGCACUACCUGCGAUCCGACGGAUAGCUACCCCGUCUAAAGAAUCACCCAUGAGCUCGACGACACCAUUCACAUCUACAGCGCCUGUAAUUGCGAAUGGCCGAUCCGACAAGGCACCGGCCGGAAAGAUGCCUUCGCCGCAAAAUGGAACCACUGCCAGCCCGACCGAACAUGGAAGCGGUGUAGACAACUUUGUAGGAUCUUUGAACGAGCUGAGCCUUAGAGAGAAGGCGCCUAGUCUUGUCGUCAACGGCAGCGGACCUUUGGCCCCUGAACGGCCUACGGUAGUUGUUGGCAGAGACAGUGGAUCUGAUGAUUCCCAACGAGCCGAUUCUAGCUCCGAACUCGGUACGAAGCCUCCUAGCUUGGAUGGAAAGAGCAUUACUUCCGGCACAACUUUCGCCCUCGACGAGAAGGAGUCGCUAAGGCCUGAUGACAGCGCAAGCGUCAAGGCCGCUGCGGAAGACGAUGAUGCCUUUUCUAUCCGUGGUUCGCUAGUUGCUGGUUCUCGAAUGGGUUCUGAGGUGGCCGCUCGUAGAGGCAUUCCUCUUGGAGAUAUCCCCGAGCGCAGGCUACCGCAGCAGGCUCCAGGUGUUAUUGCUCAAGGGGUUUUAACUCCCCAGAGCUCUUCAUCUGACCAACCUCCAGGUGCCCCUCUAGGUGCGGCUGGUACCUCUGAUGCCCUCGGGGUCAUUUAUCGGCAGGCACCGGAUGAGAAACUGCUUGAAGCCAUGGCAUCCCCAAAGGACAGACUGUUCCUACUCAGACUAGAGAAACAGGUUAUCGAUUUUGUUCAGGACUCCAAGGAACCGUACAUGGACCUUCCUCCGUCAAAUUCCUUCUGCAGAAUGUUGACACACAAGUUGGCUGAUUACUACCAUAUGACCCAUUCUUUUGAGCCUCACGUGGGAUCCGUACGGAUCUUCAGGACACCUUUUUGUCGAGUCCCUACCUCACUGGCACUUAUCAACCCCAGUCCCAGUACGCCUAGCAACAAUACCCCUCCUCCUGCUGUGCUACCUAAAAAGAUUAUGCGACGCGGUCAAGAUAGCGAGGGUGGCCUAAGUGCUAGCGCCUCCAAGGCAACCUCUGAGACUGGCAGUGAUGGCAAAGAUAAACCCGCUAAUCAGAAAUUGACCAGGGAAGAGCGAGAGGAGCUAUACAAGUUAGCCCGUGAACGCAUCUUUGGCAGCUCAGAGGAGAACGUCACAGAAGAGGGUGAUAACGGAAUAUCAAGGGCCAGUUCAGUAUCCGCCAAGGAUAAAUCCAACCUGGGGAAGAGAGGGAAGACUGGCAAGCAACGUCGUGAUGAUUCUGAUAGUUUUGAUUCACGACACCAGUAUACUCCAUACUGGGGCCCUCAACAACAAACCUGGGUUCCUCAGCCGCAAUACAUGCCACCGCCAAACCCUCAAUAUGGUGCCCAAGCGCCACCAGGGCCAGCGUUUCCAAGUCAGAUGGGACCCGUAUAUACCCAGCAAGCCCCUGGGUAUCCCGCGGUGCCUAGUAUGCCGCAAAACCAGCCAUACCCUCAGUACUCCGUGCCUCCAUAUGCUGCCCAGCCCAGUCAGCAGCGCUACCCAUCUAGUGGUAGUCCUAUGACCAACUAUGGUGCUCCGAUACCCCCAGCUGGGCCACAGCAAGCGAACUGGCAGCCGGGCUUCGCUCCUCCUGCACAGUACCCGCCGAGAGGAGGUACCCCCACUGGUGCUCAGGGGCAUUUGGGGAUCCCUUAUGCAUUCGGGCAGCUCCCAGCGAACAUCAACCCCCACGACCCGAAGAGCCAACACCCAAUCCCUGGGAGUUACAAUCGGAAUCAUGCCUUUAACCCAAAGACACAGUCGUUUGUGCCUGGUGGCGGUGGCAUGGCACCCGUUCAGCCUCCCCAGCCGCCCUUUACUGCUCCCGGAUCGCACCACGGUAGUCCUCAGGUCGGGUCACCUCACCUUGCUUAUCCUGGUGGUUACCAACAGCCAAUGCCUCAACCUUAUGGGGGCGGAUAUGGCAUGGCGAGGCAAGGAUCCAGCAGCUCUAUGCCCGCAUAUCACUCUCCCCGUGUAGCUCAUGUUCAGCAUGCACCACCACCUCCGCCACCCGCCAUGCCACAGAACCCGCAACACAUGGCUCCCCAACUUCCCCCGCAUAACCCUCCUUACAAUAUUCCCAAUCGACCUAUCAUCCCACAGGGGCCUAGCCAACCCUUUUCCCAUCUGCCGACAUAUGGCAACCCGGCAACUCUACCCAGAAACCUGCCACUGGAAUUUAAACAUUAA